AUGCAAGCUAAACUUGUCCACAACACCCGAACAUACAUUCCUCCACCCAUUAAACCACCGCCUCCGGUGCAUCAAGCACCCUCUCUGCCACCAACCAAGCCUGGAAAAACACCUAUAUCCGCACCCAAUACACGGGUUCCCGUUCCAAUUCCACCAUUCAAGGAACCUGAUGACUCAAUAGCUGCCUAUUACGACUACCAAUUUUUGUUCAUUUCACAAAGAUCCGAAACAACUCAACCCAUUAACCUAACCGUGGUGGAUGGCGAUAUUCCGGUGGAUUUUCCCUCCGGCACGUACUAUCUAACCGGACCAGGGCUUUUGGCCGACGAUCAUGGGUCCAUGGUGCACCCUUUAGAUGGCCAUGGGUACCUAAGGGCAUUUACAUUUGAUAAUGUUUCUAAAAAUGUCAAGUACAUGGCUAAGUACAUUAAAACUGAAGCACAAGUGGAGGAGCAUGACCCAAAGACCGACAAGUGGAAAUUUACACAUAGAGGCCCAUUUUCAGUGUUGAAAGGUGGGAGAAAGGUUGGGAACACUAAGGUCAUGAAAAAUGUGGCUAACACUAGUGUACUCAAGUGGGGGGAGAAACUCCUGUGUAUGUGGGAAGGUGGGGAACCAUAUCAGAUCCAAGCCGGUACGUUGGAUACCAUUGGCCGCUACAACAUGAUGGACGGUGGUGAUUUGAAAGAUCUUGAUGAGAACCACGGUGGUGAUGUUUGGGAGGUUGCUGCCAACCUAUUGAAACCUAUAUUAUAUGGAGUGUUUAAGAUGCCCCCAAGAAGACUCUUGUCUCACUAUAAGGUGGAUUCUAGUAGGAAUAGGCUACUCACUGUGUCAUGCAAUGCGGAAGACAUGUUGCUUCCACGCAGUAAUUUUACAAUUACUGAAUAUGACUCAAAUUUCAAAGUAGUACAGAAGCAAAUUUUCAGAAUCCCAGAUCACUUGAUGAUCCAUGAUUGGGCUUUCACGGAUACCCAUUACAUAGUAUUUGCCAAUCGCAUAAAACUUGAUGUACUAGGAUCAAUGGCUGCAGUGUAUGGGAUAUCUCCAAUGAUAUCAGCAUUAAGAGUGAACCCAAGUAAGAGCACAUCGCCCAUAUACUUGCUUCCUCGGUUUCCAGACAAGCCUAAAGACAAAGAGAGAGAUUGGAGAGUACCCGUUGAAGCACCUUCACAAUUGUGGUUGCUCCAUGUUGGCAAUGCAUUUGAAGUUAGACAUGUUCAUGGGAAUUUGGACAUCCAAAUACAAGCCGCUGCUUGCUCUUACCAGUGGUUGAAUUUCAGCAAGUUAUUUGGAUACGACUGGCAAAAACGCAAGCUGGACCCCGCAAUAAUGAAUGUUAAAGGUGGAAAUGAAUUAUUGCCUCAUCUUGUUCAGGUGUCUAUAAAAUUAGAUUCUGACUACAAUUGCCAAGAAUGUGAUCUCAAGCCCAUGAAGAAAUGGAAGAAAUCCGCAGAUUUUCCAGCUACCAAUCCAGCGGUUUCCGGCAAGAAAAACAAAUAUCUCUAUGCAGCAACAACCUUAGGAUAUCGAAAAGCAUUGCCAAGUUUUCCUUUCGAUACUGUUGUGAAAUUAGAUCUAGAGAGUGACACUGCACAAACUUGGACUGCUGGAAGUAGAAGAUUUAUUGGUGAGCCUAUUUUUGUUCCCAAAGGUGACAAAGAAGACGAUGGCUAUCUUCUUGUCGUUGAGUAUGCCGUUUCAAUGAGUAAAUGUUAUCUCGUAAUCUUGAACCCAAAAAAGAUAGGAGCAGAUAAUGCCCUUGUUGCGAGACUCGAAAUUCCAAGCCACUUACAUUUUCCUCUGGGUUUUCAUGGUUUCUGGGCAGCUAGCGAGCUGAAAAUCUAA